AUGGACAUGGACGUGGACGUGGACGUGGACAUGGACGUGGAUGUGGACAUGGACGUGGACGUGGACUUGGACGUGGAGGACUUGGACGUAGACAUGGACGUGGACAUGGACGUGGACGUGGACAUGGACGUGGACGUGGACGUGGACGUGGACAUGGACGUGAACGUGGACGUGGACGUGGACAUGGAAGACGUGGACGUGGACAUGGACGUGGACGUGGACGUGGACAUGGACGUGGACAUGGACGUGGACGUGGACGUGGACGUGGACGUGGACGUGGACGUGGACGUGGUCGUAGACGUGGACGUGGACGUGGACGUGGACGUGGACAUGGAUAUGGACGUGGACGUGGACGUGGACAUGCACGCGGACGUGGACGUGGACGUGGAUGUGGACAGGGACGUGGUCGUGGACGUGGACAUGGACAUGGACAUGGACAUGGACGUGGACGUGGACGUGGACGUGGACAUGGACAUGGACAUGGACGUGGACGUGACGUGGACGUGGACGUGGACAUGGACGUGGACGUGGACCUGGACGUGGACGUGGACCUGGACUGACGUGGACGUGGACGUGGACGUGGACAUGGACGUGGACCUGGACGUGGACGUGGACGUGGACGUGGACGUGGACAUGGACGUGGAUGUGGACCUGGUCGUAGACGUGGACGUUGACGUGGACGUGGACGUUGACGUGGACAUGGACAUGGACGUGGACGUGGACGUUGACGUGGACAUGGACGUGGACGUGGACGUGGACGUGGACCUGGACGUGGACGUGGACGUGGACGUGGAAGUGGACAUGGACGUGGACCUGGACGUGGACGUGGACGUGGACGUGGAAGUGGACAUGGACGUGGACCUGGACGUGGACGUGGACGUGGACAUGGACGUGGAUGUGGACCUGGUCGUAGACGUGGACGUUGACGUGGACGUGGACGUUGACGUGGACAUGGACGUGGACGUGGAUGUGGAGGACUUGGACGUGGACAUAGACGUGGACGUGGACGUGGACGUGGACGUGGACGUGGACGUGGAGAUGGACGUGGACGUGGACGUGGACGUGGACAUGGACGUGGACGUGGACGUGGACGUGGACGUGGACAUGGACAUGGACGUGGAAGUGGACGUGGACGUGGACGUGGACAUGGACGUGGACGUGGACAUGGACGUGGACGUGGACGUGGAGGACGUGGACGUGGAGGACUUGGACGUGGACGUGGACAUGGACGUGGACGUGGACGUGGACAUGGACGUGGAGGACUUGGACGUGGACGUGGACGUGGUCGUGGACGUGGACGUGGACGUGGUCGUGGACGUGGACGUGGACGUGGUCGUGGACGUGGACAUGGUCGUGGACGUGGACGUGGACGUGGAUGUGGACGUGUACGUGGACGUGGACAUGGACGUGGACGUAGACGUGGACGUGGACGUGGACAUGGACGUGGACAUGGACGUGGACAUGGACGUGGACGUGGACGUGGACGUGGUCGUGGACGUGGACGUGGACAUCGACGUGGACAUGGACAUGGACGUGGACGUGGACGUGGACGUGGACGUGGACAUGGACAUGGACGUGGACGUGGACGUGGACGUGGACGUGGACGUGGACUUGGACAUGGACGUGGCCGUAGAAGUGGACGUGGACAUGGACGUGGACGUGGACGUGGACGUGGACGUGGACGUGGACGAGGUCGUGGACGUGGACGUGGACGUGGACAUGGACGUGGAUGUGGACGUGGACUUGGACAUGGACGUGGACGUGGACGUGGACGUGGACAUGGACAUGGACAUGGACGUGGACGUGGACGUGGUCGUGGACGUGGAUGUGGACGUGGACUUGGACGUGGACGUGGACGUCGACGUGGACGUGGACGUGGACGUGGACAUGGACGUGGACGUGGACGUGGACGUGGACGUGGACAUGGACGUGGACGUGGACGUGGACCUGGACGUGGACGUGGACGUGGACCUGGACGUGGACGUGGACGUGGACGUGGACGUGGACGUGGACGUGGACGUGGACAUGGACGUGGACGUGGACGUGGACGUGGACGUGGACGUGGACGUGGACGUGGGACUGGACAUGGACAUGGACGUGGACGUGGACGUGGACGUGGACGUGGACGUGGACAUGGACGUGGACGUGGACGUGGACGUGGACAUGGACGUGGACGUGGACGUGGACGUGGACUUGGACGUGGACGUCGACGUCGACGUCGACGUGGACGUGGACAUGGACGUGGACGUGGACGUGGACGUGGAGGUGGAGGUGGACGUGGACAUGGACAUGGACGUGGACGUGGACGUGGACGUAGACAUGGACGUGGACGUGGACGUGGACGUGGAUGUGGACGUGGACGUGGACGUGGACAUGGACAUGGACGUGGACGUGGACGUGGACAUGGACGUGGAUGUGGACAUGGACGUGGACGUGGACUUGGACGUGGAGGACUUGGACGUAGACGUGGACGUGGACAUGGACGUGGACGUGGACAUGGACGUGGACGUGGACGUGGACAUGGACGUGAACGUGGACGUGGACGUGGACAUGGACGUGGACGUGGACGUGGACGUGGACAUGGACGUGGACGUGGACAUGGACGUGGACAUGGACGUGGACGUGGACGUGGACGUGGACGUGGACGUUGUCGUGGACGUGGACGUGGACGUGGACGUGGACAUGGACGUGGACGUGGACGUGGACGUGGAUGUGGACAUGCACGCGGAUGUGGACGUGGACGUGGAUGUGGACAGGGACGUGGUCGUGGACGUGGACAUGGACAUGGACAUGGACAUGGACAUGGACGUGGACGUGGACGUGGACGUGGACAUGGACAUGGACAUGGACAUGGACGUGGACGUGGACGUGGACGUGGACGUGGACAUGGACGUGGACGUGGACGUGGAGGUGGACGUGGACGUGGACGUGGACGUGGACAUGGACGUGGACCUGGACGUGGACGUGGACGUGGACGUGGACAUGGACGUGGAUGUGGACCUGGUCGUAGACGUGGACGUUGACGUGGACGUGGACGUUGACGUGGACAUGGACGUGGACGUGGACGUGGAGGACUUGGACGUGGACAUGGACGUGGACGUGGACGUGGACGUGGACAUGGACGUGGACGUGGACGUGGACGUGGAGGACUUGGACGAGGAGUUGGACGUGGACGUGGACGUGGACGUGGUCGUGGACUUGGACGUGGACGUGGACGUGGACGUGGACAUAGACGUGGACGUGGACUUGGACGUGGACGUGGACGUGGACGUGGACGUGGACAUGGACGUGGACGUGGACGUGGACGUGGACGUGGACGUGGAGGUGGACGUGGACAUGGACGUGGACGUGGACGUGGACGUGGACUUGGACGUGGACGUGGACGUGGACGUGGACGUUGACGUUGACGUGGACAUGGACGUGGAGGUGGACGUGGACAUGGACGUGGAGGUGGACGGGGACGUGGACGCGGACGGGGACAUGGACGUGGACAGGGACGGGGACGAGGACGCAGAUGCAGACGUGGACAAGGACGCGGACGUGGACGAGGACACGGACGCGGACGUGGACGUGGACGCGGACGCGGACGAGGACGCGGACGCGGACGUGGACAGGGACGUGGACGUGGACGCGGACAUGGACGCGGACGUGGACAGGGACGGGGAUGUGGACGCGGACGUGGACGCGGACGCGGACGUGGACGCGGACGGUGACGUGGACGCAGACGCGGGCGUGGAUGCGGACGUGGACGGCGUGGACGCGGACGCGGACGCGGACGCGGACGUGGUCGUGGACGCGGACGCGGACGUGGACGCGGACGCGGACGCGGACGUGGACGCGGACGCGGACGUGGACGUGGACGUGGACGACGCGGACGAGGACGUGGGACGUGGACUGGACGUGGACGUGGACGUGGACGUGGACGUGGUCGUGGACGUGGACGUGGACGUGGACGUGGACGUGGACGUGGACUUGGACGUGGACGUGGUCGUGGACGUGGACGUGGACGUGGUCGUGGAUGUGGUCGUGGAUGUGGUCGUGGAGGUGGACGUGGAGGUGGACGUGGAGGUGGAGGUGGACGUGGAGGUGGACGUGGACGUGGACGUGGACGUGGAGGUGGACGUGGACGUGGACGUGGACGUGGACGUGGAGGUGGACGUGGACGUGGACAUGGACGUGGACGUGGACAUGGACGUGGACGUGGACGUGGACGUGGACGUGGACGAGGUCGUGGACGUGGACGUGGACGUGGACAUGGACGUGGAUGUGGACCAGGCAAGCUCCUGGACCACGCAAGCCCGUGGACAAGGCAAGAUCCUGGACCACGCAAGCUCCUAG